UUCUCCUCCAUCAUGGACCCCCGGCACCAGGGCAUGAUGGUGGCAUUGGCAGAGGACUCCUACAUGGGUCAUGAAGCCCAGAGCAAGAGAGGCAUCCUGACCGUCAAGUACACUGAGCACGGCAUUGUCACCAACGGGGAUGACAUGGAGAAGAUCUAACACCAUACCUUCUACAAUGAGCUGUGUGUGGCCCCCAAAGAGCACCCUGUGCUGACAGAGGCCCCCCUGAACCCCAAGGCUAACCGGGAGAAGAUGGCCCAGAUCAUAUUGGAGACCUUCAACACCCCUGCCAUGUACGUGGCCAUCCAGCCCGUUCUGUCCCUGUAUGCCUCUGGCAGAACCACCGGCAUCAUGAUGGAUCCCGGCGAUGGGGUCACCCAUACUGUGCCCAUCUAUGAGGGGUACGCCCUCCCCGAGUCCAUCCUGCAUCUGGACCUGGCUGGCCGGGACCUGACGGACUACCUCAUGAAGAUCCUCACCGAGCGAGGCUACAGCUUCACCACCACGGCUGAGCGGGAAAUUGUGCGUGACAUCAAGGAGAAACUCUGUUACGUUGCCCUGGACUUCGAGCAGGAGGUGGCCACGGCGACAUCCUGGUCCUCCGUGGAGAAGCGCUCCGAGCUGCCCAAUGGACAUGUCAUCACCAUCGGCAAUGAGCGUGUCUGCUGCCAGGCACUCUUCCAGCCCUCCUUCCUGGGCAUGGAAGCCAGUGGCAUCCACGAAACUACCUUCAACUCCACCAUGAAGUGCGAUGUUGGCAUCCGCAAGGACCUCUACACCAACACAGUGCUGUCCGGCAGGACCACCGUGUACCCAGGCAUCGCCGACAGGAUGCAGAAGGAGAUCACAGAGCUGGCCCCCAGCACGAUGAAGACCAAGAUCAUCGCUCCCUCGGAGCGCAAAUACUCCGUGUGGAUCGGCGGCUCAAUCCUGGCCUCCCUGUCCACCUUCCAGCAGAUGUGAAUCAGCAAGCAGGAGUCCGACCAGGCUGGCCCCUCCAUCGUCCACUGCAAAUGCUUCUAGCUUGACUCAAGAUUUAAAAGCUGGAAUGUGAGGGUGAUAGCAGUUAGCCGGGAGUGA